AUGCGUUCCAACAUCAUUUUCGCUCUCGUCACCGCCAUCGCGGCCAUCAGCCAAGCGGCGCCGGCGCCCCAGGUCUCUGGUGGCUCCGCGCCCCCGGCCCCCUCCGGAACCGGCCUUCCUCCCCCACCCAACGGCAGCGGGGCUCCCCCGAGCGGCUCCCCUCCCCCGCGCCCGACCGGAACCUUCAGGCCCUCCGGCCCGCCCCCUAGCGGCGCCCCACCCGCCGGCACCCCCGCGGCUCGCCGCCGUGGCAUGUUCAACCGUCGCCAGCAGAGCGGUGCUCCUCCCUCCGGCGCUCCGCCUUCUGGCACUCCUCCUCCUCGCCCCAGCGGUGCUCCGACCGACUUCCCUAGCGGUGUAGCUCGCCCGACUGGCUUCCCUGGUGGCCAGGGCCAGGGCCACGGUGGUGCUCCCCCUUCCGGUGCUCCUCCGUCCGGCGCGCCCCCAUCCGGAGCCCCUCCUUCCGAUGCCCCGGCCCCUACCGGCAACGCUCGUCGUGCCGAGCCUUCGGGAGUCAAGCCUUCCGGCCCUCCCCCGUCUGGCGCACCUCCCUCCGGUGUUCGCCCGAGCGGCCCGCCUCCCUCCGGAGCUCCUCCCUCUGGUGCUCCUCCCUCUGGAGCCCCUCCUUCUGAUGCUCCCAAGCCUACCGGCAACGCUCGUCGCGCUGAGCCCUCUGGUGCUAAGCCUUCCGGCCCCCCUCCUUCAGGCACUCCUCCUCCCAGGCCCUCCGGAGCUCAGCCUUCGGGUCCUCCCCCGUCCGGCGCCCCUCCCUCUGGUGCUCCUCCCUCCGGUGCCCCUGCCCCUACUGGCAACGCUCGCCGUGCCGAGGAGGCCGCUCCCUCCGGUGCUAAGCCUACUGGCCCCCCUCCCUCCGGCGUUCGUCCCAGCGGUCCUCCUCCCUCCGGAGCUCCCCCGUCUGGCGCUCCUCCUUCCGGUGCUCCUCCUAGCGACGCCCCUAAGCCUACCGGCAACGCCCGCCGUGCUCAGCCUUCCGGAGCCAAGCCCUCUGGACCUCCUCCUUCCGGCACUCCUCCUCCUAAGCCCUCCGGUGCUCAGCCCUCUGGCCCUCCUCCUUCUGGUGCUCCUCCUUCCGGCGCUCCCCCUGCUGCCACCGGUAACGCCCGCCGCGCUGAGCCGUCUGGAGCUAAGCCCUCCGGCCCCCCUCCCUCCGGUGUCCGCCCCAGCGGUGCUCCUCCCUCCGGUACUCCUCCCCCUAAGCCUACCGGCACUCCUACCGGACCUCCUCCCAGCGACGCUCCCGCUCCCACCGGCAACGCCCGCCGCGCCGAGUCUGCCCCUGCUGAGAAGCCCUCCGGUGCUCCCCCCUCCGGCGCUCCUCCUUCCGGCACUCCUCCCAGCGGCCCCCGCCCUACCGGCGUUGCUCCCGAGGGCGUUGCUCCCAGCGGCACCCCCCCUCCCAAGCCGACCGGCACUCCCACCGGUCCCCCUCCCUCCGGCGCUCCUCCCGCGCCUACCCAGAGCGCUUAA